GUUUGGAUGCAAGGCUAUAUCAUGAAUAUGCUUCAUUAUAUACAGCUUACUCAUAUCGUCAUCAUCAUCGUUCAGCUUUGCUCACAAAUUUUCAGCAUAUUGCCCUAAAAUUUGGACGUUGCAGAGCCAGCCUCAAAACACCAUGGCAUUGUCCAAUUUCUUCCAAAGUCUCGUCCUAGCCAGUAUCGUGAUAAAUGUCUCUUCUCUCCCCACUGCCUGGGAUGACUGGUCUGGUGCUACAUACACUGUCACAAUCACAGCUUGUACCGCACCCACAUCCUCAUCCUCAUCCAGGUCCCUAAUCUCACCCUCAAUAUCGUCCUCAUCUUUGACCAGGCCUAGUAGUUCGACAACAUCUAUUCCUGGUGGCACGCCGGCAGCCGCAUACACCAACGGGGAUUGGACUAUCGCUGCCAUGUUGUCCCCUCCUGAUCUCCGUGGCUUCAACUUCAACAGCACCAACCCAAACCCUUGGGACGUGAACGGACCGAAUCCGGACGGGCCUCUCUUGGACAGACUCGAGGCCGAGGAAGAGAGUCUUCCCCAGAUCCUCAGCUUUCAAAACAAUACCGGGUCGACAGCAAGUCUUAUUCAAAAUAUACAAACUGUUCUGGACAACGCUGGCAUUGGUGUUUCCAAUAGCACGCUUGCUCGAGUCCUCCUUGAGGCGGUCGGCCAAAUACCCGCGGACACUGAGAGGGACCGACAGACAGUCUCUCCAGACAAUAUCAGCAUGUUUCUCUACAGAUGCUUCCAGUUUGACUCGUGUCUGUUCUGGAACGCCGACACGAGUCAACUCUUAACUAUCGCUGAAAUCACGCAAUCCAUUCAAACAAGCGGACUUUGGGCCCUUCGGACUCCCAACUCCAGCGUUUGGCCCACCAUCACUCAAUGGGUCAUAGCAUAUGGCGUAGAUCUCCUAGUUGGUGAUCGCUCGUCUACGAACAACAUGGUCGUGCCGGUAAGGCUCACUGAAGGCGGCGCAGCUACCGCAAAACAGCCAGUCACGUUGAGUCUAUCGUGACAAACAUGACCUACGGGUUUUGAGGUACUCUAAUUUGUUGAUUGUGUCUUGUUAUUAGCGUUUUCUUCCAUUUCUACUUAUAUGAAAAGAAUAUCAGAUAAUUAU